GUUUAAGAGACUCGAGUCAAACUCAAGAUUAGCUGAAUGCCGUCUCGGCUUUCUCAGUUGUGGAAUCUGUGAACUCUGGGGCGCGCUGGGCAGCAAUUCAGCAGGGUGCUUGGAAUUGGAACUCUUUAGUGGCAAAUGAUGGCGGGCGGAAAGGAUGAAGGAGCUCCUGGGACCAAGAGAAAGAGGCAAGUAGGAAGUGAGGAGGGCGAGGAAGAGGAGGAGGCUUCAGAGCUAGGGCCAAAGAGGACGAAGCAGGACGCAGACACAUCCAAAUCAGGCCUCACCAUCCGAUGGAAGAUGGGCAGCAGCGCCUCAGGAGAGAAGGACGAGCCUGGGGACUCCGACAAGCAGAGAAAGAGGGGGGCUGAGGAGGAAGAGGCACUGACGGGAGAUGAGGCCAGCGCGCUGCGCAGCAGUCGCUCUCAGCGUCACAAGAAGCAUGUUGACUCGGACAGCCAACCGAAGAGAUCUUCAAGAAAGGACAAGGGGAAAGCGGCAACAGAGGAUUCUGCACAGGAGGAUGACGAUGAGGGGCCCCCGCUGCUCGGACCGGACGGAGAGCCGCUCGAGGUCCUUCCGGGGAAGGAGAAGCGAGUGCAUGAGGGGCCCGCGGUUGUUCAGCAGAAAGUGCAGGCACCCCAUGAGUCGGUGGAAGCAUUGGCGGCAGGCGGGGGGCGAACCGUCGAAAAUUUGUCAGAAGGACAGCGAACACUUGCCCCCCCCGGAGCUGAGCCGGCUAGCAUUGCGGAACUGGGGCAGCCGGGACAAGUGGCGGGGAAAACGGACGCGGCUGCGCAGCGGCUGACCCGCGAAGUGUACAGGGUGCCAGCUCAUGCGGGGUGGUUCCGGUGGGAGCAUGUCCACGAACUGGAGCGGCGGGGGGUCCCGGAGUUCUUCAACGGGAGGGCGCCCUCAAAGACGGCCAAGACGUACAAGGAGUACCGGGACUUCAUCGUUAGCAAGUACCGGGAGGAGCCGCACAAGUACCUCACAUUCACGGAGGUGCGCAAGAUGCUGGUGGGAGACGUGAACGCGCUGCGGCGCAUCUUUGAGUUCUUGGACCACUGGGGGCUCAUCAACUAUCAGGCCGUAGAGAACCCGAGGCAGCGCCCGCCGGUGUGGGAAGGUGUCUCCGCCACGUUGGUCCAGACGGCACCCAGCGGCAUCCGCGUCGUUGCUCCUGCCAUCGCUCCCCAGGACGCCCUCUACAAGUUUGAUGCUCCGCGGGCGAAGUCUGCAAGCCUCGCCACACGCCCCAGCGUCUUUCCUGCAGCAGCGGCGGCAGCAUCAGCAAGCAUGGCGGGGGAUGCCGCUCCCCCACCUCCCGCUGUAGAAUACCAUUGUGACAAGUGCGGCGCAGCCUGCUCUGCCCGCCGGUACCACUGCCAGAAGCAGGCGGACUUCGACCUGUGCCCGGACUGCUUUGGGGACGGCAAGUUUGGCCCGGGAAUGACCAGCGCGGACUUCAUCAGGAUGGACGCCGCGGACGCUGCAGCAGACGCUGACGGGGGCUGGUCCGAUCAGGAGACGCUGCUGCUGCUGGAAGGCCUGGAGCUCUUUGGCGACAACUGGCAGGAGAUCUCGGAGCACGUGGGCACCAAGUCGCGCGCGCAGUGCAUCCUGCACUUCAUCCAGAUGCCCAUCGAGGACCCCUUCCUGGAGGAGCUCGAGGCCAGCAGCACCGUCACCACAGUCACCGACGAUCCGACGGCUUACGGAAAGGCAGCGGACCAAGGGGCAGUGCCGAACGGGGCGGAGGCGCAGGGGCCUGUCACGGCCAGCCAGCUGGUUAUGGAGGCGUCGGGGGCUGCGGAGGGGGAGCUGCUGACGCCGUUUGCUGACGCGGGCAACCCGGUGAUGGCGCAGGUCGCCUUUCUUGCUGCUAUGGUGGGCCCCCGGGUCGCUGCCGCCGCAGCGCAAGCGGCUCUUGCGGCGCUCACUCAGGAGGAUCCCACUGCACAGCUGGGUCCCGCGAGUGACGCCGUCCCCAGCACUCCCCCAGCCUCUGCGGCAGCAGUCCCUCCGGCAAUCCGAGCAGCUGAAGCUCCCCCCUCAGACACUCCAAAAGCUCCUGAGCAGCCAGCAUCAGAGGGGGACGCUGCCUUGAAAGAAGCUGCCCCGUCGGGACCGACAGAUACUGGGAUGGAAAGCGCAGACGGGUCGGCCCCUGCUGCGGAAGCGGAGAAAGGCGCCGGGGCGUCAGAGGCAAAGGCACCCGAGGGAGGGGAUGUGGGCGGAAGUGAGAAAGUCGAAGUCGCAACUGACGCUGGCGGAGUAACAGAGGGCAGGCCGGCAGAGGGCGCCGGGCAGACGGAGAAGGAGGGGGCGAGGGUGGAAGGCGAAACAGGGAAAGCAGAGCCCAUGGAGGUGGACGCGAAGGAGGCUGCGCCAGCUGCGACGCCCGCUCAAGAGUCCGCUCCGCCGCCAGCAGCCACUCCUGCCCCUGGAGCCGUUCCUCCUGUCUCCCUCCUCGGGCCCCCCUCUGCGGCGCAAGUGCGAGCCGCUGCCGCGACGGCCCUGGCGGCCGCCGCGGUGAAGGCGAAGCUGCUGGUGGACCAGGAGGAGCGCGAGGUGGCGCGGCUGGUGCAGCUGGUGGUGGAGGCGCAGCUGAAGAAGCUGGAGAUCAAGCUCAAGCACUUCGACGAGCUGGAGGAGAUGCUCGAGCGAGAGAAGGACCAGAUUGAGAAAGCCCGGCAACAGGUGUAUGCUGAGAGGGUCCGACUGGCGGCUUCGCGUUUGGCGCCCACGACACCCCGAACCCCGCCUGUCAUGCCGCCAGCAGCCGUAGGCGACAAGGCUGGACCAUCUGCGUCAGCACCCAAGAUGGGGGCUGUGCUGAACACCGUCAAUGCACCAGUAGCGAAAUAAGCUCAAUCGUUCUCCAACAGCAGGCCGUUUGCCAGGCAGUUAACAUUGCUUUAACAGUAGUGCACCAUUCGAACCAUCAGCGACCUGGAUCUUGUCACCUUGACUUUGUCAAAUAUUGAGAGAUGUUCCAAAACUACAUUGUUCGCGGUUCCUCAGCAUGUCCUUCUGCC